CAAUAUUUCACUCAAAUAAAUCUCACUAUGGGAAGCAGUUGUCAAUCAUGUAGGACGUACAGAGCCACUACUCAUUCUACAGAAGAGGCUAAGGGUGCCCGUAAGACUAAAAAUAAGCAUCUUAAAAGGAUUGGUAAUACCAAUACUGCAGGCAACAACAACAUCACUAAAGAAGAAUCCAAAUAAAUAUAAAGAAAAAGAUGCUAACGCCCGGAGGCCUCAGCAACACACUGGCUUAAUGCAACCGGAUGAUAAAAAAGUAGAAGAAGCCAAUCAAGCAGAAAAUGAACAGCGUAGUGUGAGAAGCAGUAAAGAAGAAGUCAAAGAAGAGAGAAAGAGGGUCCUUACUACAGAAGAACCUUCUGUAUUAGAAUUAAAAGCAUUAUCCCCAUUGGAUAAAGAUCAUGCAGAUGAGAAAGAAUCUUUCUUACUUAAAGAAGCCUUCAGUCGACACUUCCUUCUUAAGAAUAUUUCUCUCAACGCUAUCGAUUCCAUUCUCAAAGAAAUGGAUUACUUCAAGCUUGAGCCCAACACGGUGCUCUUCGACCAAGGUGACACUGGCAUGCACUUGUUCAUCUUGACGAAAGGACUAUUGGAAGCCAAAGUCAAUGGAGAGACUGUCAGCCUGGUGUCAGAAGGGAACGCUUUUGGAGAGAUUGCACUGAUUUAUUCAUGCAAAAGAACAGCUCAAAUCAAGAGCAAAGAUCAUGAAUGACAUUUGUGGACCAUCCAUAGAAAUAAUUUCAGAGAAAUAAUGAAAGGGAUAUCAAGUCAGACAACUUUUAUUAGAUCUAAUGCAGUAAAAGAACUAAGAGUUUUCUCUUUCAUUGAACUGGAGGUUAGGCAAAAGCUAAGUGAACAUAUAAUUCCGAUGAAAUUUAAUAAGGGAGAUGUGAUCAUCCGUAAAGGAAUCAAAGAAACUAUCUACAUCAUUACUCAGGGUAAAGUGAUCAAGCAAUCAUCAAAUAAUUCCAAAGUCCCUCUUAAUAAAGAAUUUAAGAAGGGCAGGAUUUUAGGAUUCUCGACAAUGCUGAAUGAGACCUCACUUCACGAUACUUUCAUAUGCGACACUGAUGUGGAGUGCUUCAAUAUUUCUGGAGACACCAUCAGAACUGUAUUUGGCAGAGAUAAGUUCAGCAGUACAAUAAUAAGGCUCUUCCUUGAAGAUGUGCUUGAAGAGAAAAGAAUUUCAUCAAACAAUAAUUCUGGAUCAAGCUCUUAUUAUGAUGAGGAUGCUAAAUAAUGAAGAGGACAAAGCACCUGAAAGCAGUGAAGAUGAUAGCUCUGGCUUAAGUAGUUGUGCUUAUUUCCUUGAGAGACUCACUAAUGAAGAGCUUAAUAAUCUUAGCACCUUACUUAAAAUCAAGAGCUAUGAAGAAGGUGAUGUUGUAUUUGACUCAAGUGAUAAAAAGAAAUCUAAUAACUUAGUAAUCGUUCUUUCUGGAGCAAUAAAGUGUCAGACAAAUGGGAGAAUUGUUAAAGACUACGAACUUAUAUUCAAGGAUAAGACUCACCUCGCACUCUUCGAUGAAGAUGUUGUUGCUGAGAACUACACCAUAACCGCUGAAAUUUCUUCAAAAGACAUUAAGGAGCACUUCAAUUCAGAAAUUUCUGAGAUAAUUGAUAGAAGCCAGAAGAUCAAAAUUAUAAAAAGCAUUUACUUAUUCUCGCUGUUCUCUGAGUCUCAACUGUUAAAAAUCUUGUCCCAGUGCUCGAUCCGAGAGUACUCUGUUACUGAACCCAUCAUCCAGGAAGGAGAAAAUGGAAACUCUCUGUACAUGAUCGCCAAGGGCGAAGUUGAAAUUAAAAAAGGGUCCAAGUUCAUCAGGACACUAGGAAAAUAUGAAUAUUUUGGUGAGAGAUCUCUCUUGUUUAGCGAAGUCAGGUCGGCCUCGGUGUUUGCAACCAAGAAAGUGGAAGCACUUGAACUGAACAAGAAGUCAUUCCUGAGUGUGAUAGACUCGAACAUUAGGAACUAUUUAGAGUAUAGAAUAAUGCUGCAAGACUCGACUCUUAGCCUCUCUGAUCUUGUUGUAAUAAAUAAACUAGGAUACGGAAAUUUCGGAAGUGUCUGGAAAGUUAUGAGUAAGAACCAUAAAACUUUAUAUGCACUCAAGAUGGUCUCUAAAUCGAAGAUUAAAGAGUACGACAUAGAGCAAAAUAUCAAAGAUGAAAGGAAAAUCCUAGCCAGAAUUGACCACCCAUUUAUCAUGAAGCUAGUGAAAUUUUAUGAUGAAGAACAUAAAAUUUUCUUCCUCACUGAACUGGUCAAAGGAGAUGACUUAUUCAAUGCCUUGAACUAUUUGAAUAUACUUGACAAGUCUCAAGGCAUGUUCUACUUUGCCUCUCUGCUGUUGAUCAUCGAGUACCUGCACUUAAGGAACAUUCUGUACAGAGAUUUCAAGCCCGAGAAUAUCAUGAUUGAUGAAACAGGUUACCUCAAGCUGAUUGACUUUGGAGCUGCCAAGAUCAUCAAAGACAGAACGUACACGAUCAUUGGAACUCCGAGUUAUACAGCUCCUGAAGUGUAUGUGGGAGAAGGCUACUCGUACUCAUCUGAUUACUGGAGUCUUGGAGUGUGUUUGUACGAGUUCCUUUGAGGAGACCUUCCGUUUGGUGGAGACAACGACAUGCCUGAUCCCCUAGAAGUGUACAAGACAAUCCUGACUGGCCAACUAGAAUUUCCAUCAUUUUACAAAGAUGAGAAUGGCAAAGACUUGAUGAGACAGAUGCUUCAUAAAGACCUCAAGAACCGCCUGGUUACCAUUGAGGACAUCAAGAGCCACCCUUACUGUGCAGAUUACAAAUUCGAUGACUUGAUUAUGAGGAAAAUCAAGGCUCCAUAUGAACCUGGAGUUGACACCGAAGUUCUGGAUCCGAAAAAGUACCAGACAUUUGACGAACUAUUCAGAAAGGACUCUAGAGCAAUGAGGAUGAGUUUCACCAACGAAAAUGGAAUAGAAGCAAUCCAAGAUAUGUCUGAAUCAUAAUCCAAAUUCCUAACUAAAGCUUUCUAUCCCAUAAGUCCGUACAUU